ACAGUAACACGCAUAAUAUCACAAUUUUGAUCAUUUAAAUCACCCCUCUACUUGUGAUUAUGAGCAAGCUUAGAAGUCCAGGCCUGGGCUGUGCUGGAACAUUGGCAAGUAACCUGGGACGUUAGAUUUAAGAACGCAGGCCCGUUUGCCUCCUUUUUUUUUGACGUUUUGCGUCAACAUCUCCUUCCUACACUAAUCAUACACUUCCUUACUGAGACGGUCUCUCGUCUACUACGCAAUGCUAAUUUUCCGAUUCGUUCUUUACACACUUCUCCAAGCGCUGGCUUUUACUCAAAUCUAUGCCUUACCGAGCGACAAUCCCCAACCGAAAAUCAACAGGAGAAAGGAGGUGGACCUUAAGGGCCAAACGUUGCCGCGAUUCGGGGAGGUAGUGACGCUCUACAUAGUCUGCUACAAGGAGAACUGGCAUCCUGCUAUCAUCGCUGUUGCAGGCGACGGCUCGUCAUACCGCUGGCAUGCCGAGAAUCAUGAGUAUGCUCCAAAAAACGACUGGCAGUUGAGCGCACAGAAACGAUUUCCCUACGACGAUAACUUCGUCAAGACCCUGUCGAAAAAAGUGGUCCGAAAGAUCGGAGACAUCAAAUGGGGAAAUAUAGACGUUGUUCUCGGGGAAAAACGUCUAUUACCCUCCAACGACGUCAGAUUAAAACAGAACUGCUGGUGGUGGGCGCAAAGAGCGAUGAAAAGUUUGGUACAAGGCAAUUAUCUCGAUGAGAAGACAGCGCACAAGGCAUACACAGGCAUUAAAAGGUCCACUGCAUGGAGGGGGCGACCUUGGACAGCGCCGAGGUGGCGGGAUAAAGUCUAAGAUGGUGCUUUAGAAGUUCUAGGAGUAGGCGUCCAGGACAAUGAGGGUUUUGCUAUGGACAUAUCCGCCAGGUAUCGACAUGCCAUCGACAUUACAGAUCGGUUUUCGACCCGGAUUCUGGCAUUCCUGCAUUUUGACUGUUGAUAAUCUAAUCGUUCUGGUGCAUAAC